UCACUAUUUUAUUCGACCUAAUUCUUCUGCAAAUCUUCUGAUAAAACUCUCACUCCACUCCCUCUUCUCUUCUCCUUACCCAUCCCUCCAUUCAUUCUUCCCCAUAAUUCACAACAUAUUUCCAUUUCUUAUAUAUACAUUGAGUGAGAGUGAUGGACAUCGACUUGAUGAAGAACGGCGGCGGCGAAGAUGAAAUGGAUUUGAUGCUGAUGCAGAUGGAGAAGCUCCCGGACUUAUCGGGGGCCUACGCCGACGUCACCGAGCUUCCCAUAAUCGACUUCCAAAAUCAGGUCAACAACAGCUUUCAAAACCUAAAUUCAUCUUCCUCUUCUUCCCCGCCGCCGCAGCUGGCGAGCACGAUAUCGUUUGCGGGGGAGGCGGCGCAGAAGAGGAGCUCGAUGGCGGCGAUGAGGGAGAUGAUAUUCCGGAUAGCGGCAAUGCAGCCGAUCCACAUCGACCCGGAGUCGGUGAGGCCGCCCAAGCGGCGGAACGUCAGGAUAUCGACGGACCCGCAGAGCGUGGCGGCGCGCCACCGCCGGGAGAGGAUCAGCGAGCGGAUCAGGAUCCUGCAGAGACUGGUUCCCGGCGGGACCAAGAUGGACACGGCGUCGAUGCUGGAUGAGGCCAUCCACUACGUCAAAUUCUUGAAGAAUCAGGUGCAGUCGCUCGAGCGGGUCGCCGCCAAUCGCCCCGCCCCGCCUCCCGGGAUGGGCUUCCCGGUGCCCAUGACGAGCGGGAGCUAUUUCGCCGUGCCGGGAAAGGGCUACCAUCAUCCAACGGCCGCAAACGUUCAGCAUCUCUGAGUUUGAUUUUAAUUUCUAAUUAAUUUGCUUAAUUGUUGUAAAGAAAGAGGCCUCUUUCGGUAUGGUUGCCAAAUUAUGUGUCAUGCAUGUGAAAUAAUACUAGUGCAAUCUUUGGCAUCGA